AUGAAACAUCCAAAAACAAAAGUUAUUUCAUCAAAUAAAUAUCCUGUCAUUAAGAAUCUUGUCUUUGAUAAAUGGACUACAGUUACAUGCACAAAUUGUACAUUGUCGGCUGGAUUUCAUGAAAUAUCGAGUGAUAUCUUCAGUUGUGACGGUGAAAUUCUUAAACCUUCUAAUAACGCCAGUAUUGUUCUUUCAUCACCCAACAGUGACAUUUAUAAAAGCUUCGACGCAUGGAACAUUAAAACGAGCCUUGCCCAAACAACGUUUGACAAUAAUAACAUUUUGCAACAAAAAACAUUCUACAACAAUAAUUAUGAAGUGUCAGAAGUGUUGAAAGGUUUGCACGCUCAACUUGUGCGUGCCAUCAUCUGCCUCAUCCUGAGCAUCGUCACUUUUCAAUUUAUGAAUUCUUUGGAAACAUGCGAAUUUAUUCUCUACCUCUCUUCGAUGCACAAACCAUUACGUAAAUUACAAAAAGAUUUUGCUGAAUUGUUUCAAGAUGAAUUUUUUUUUGGAAAUUUAUCAAAAAUUAGUUCGUGCCUUUUCUGUUUGCCAUCAAGUUCAAACGCUAUUCCAAAUCAUGACAAAUAUUUGGUACACGACAUCUACAAUUUUAUUCAUUACAAUACAGAAGAACAGUUGACUUUAUUCAACCAAAUCAAGGAGAUUACUUUGCUUGCCAUCUACAUAAUAUUUGUUGACGUCUCUAUUGGCUUCCUUCAAAUAUUUUUAAUGUCUCUUUUCAAAAAGGAUCAAAUUUAUUCUGACUACAACAGUUAUGCAUCAUCACUCAACAAAACGAAGGAUUUUACUAACAAUACAAACCCGACAGCAUGUCGUCAGAGCAGUUGUGGAGCUGGUUUCCCGCAAUACCCCUUACACAGAAAUUACAACUUUGAAAACAAAUUCAAUAUGACAAGUUUUUAUCUUAGAGAUGCCAAGGGUACAUGUGUACAAAUGUUUUAG